AAGACGAGUAUCGUCCGCCGUGUAUCAUAUUAAUACUGAUGGGGACGGCCGAAGAUCUUUAUGGAUCGAUUGCGCAGGGUAUGUAUGUAGAUCAAGCGCAUGAUCACAGGGUCGACGUCCCCGGUAAUUAUGAGCCUCGAUGAGAGGAACGCCAUUCUCAAGAAACGGUUCAGAAGACAGCGAAAAUGCUACAAGAGCAAGCGUGCAUUCCGCAGGGACGGUCAUGGAAUGAGAUGGGGUGAUACUCUCGCCCCUGGAGAUCAGCCAUCAGGUCAGCAUCCGCAGUUCGAAGGGCAGAAGAUUGAGGCUCCAUGGGGUGAAGGAGACCGGACGAUAGACGGCGCAAUGGUUAUCAUCUACUUGGAGGACGAUGGUGUCAAUAACGGAGAUAUUGAGCGUGGUUUAUCUGUUCCAAGUUUCACUGCGGCCUUUUGGUCAGACAGACAUCUUUGCAUGUACCAGAACACUAAAUUAUGGCAACGUCCAGAGCGAAUGGUGCCAUUGCGCAAAUGUGUGAAGGCGUCGCAGGAGGGCAACGUUCGCCAGUAG